AGACAGAAAUUAAUCAACCACCUCCACCUCAAUAGAGCUUUGAUUAUAUUAUUCAGCUUGGAGAAAAGCUGGGAAUAAAAUACUCAGAUAAUUGCUUGCCAUCCCUCCAACUUCAGACAAGCUCAGGAGGAGAGUGAUGGCUUUAUAGCCCAGAAAGCCAAGUUGUUUCCUCUCUUUACUCAAAGAAAGAGAGAGAGAGUGAGAGAUAUGGCCCCAGCAGUCUCCAGAGCUUCUUCCUUAAUGCUGAAUUGCCCAUAACACUUUUGUCUCUCUCUCUCUCUCUCUCUCUCUAGAGUAUAUUUGUUUACCUUAUCAGAGCCAGAGGAUUGUGCAGAGAAAGAGAAUGAAGAUCCAGUGCGACGUCUGUGAGAAAGAAGAGGCCAAUGUAUUCUGCCCUGCAGAUGAAGCCGCUCUCUGUGAAGGCUGCGACAACAGCAUCCACCACGCAAACAAACUUGCCAGCCAACACACACGCUUCUCUCUGCUCCAUCCAUCCUUCAAAGAAGCCCCUCUCUGUGAUAUCUGCCAGGAGAGGCGAGCCUUUGUUUUCUGCAAAGAAGAUAGAGCCAUAUUUUGCAGAGAAUGUGACGUUCCAAUCCACAAAGCCAACGAACAUACCCAGAAACACAAUAGGUUUCUUCUCACAGGUGUUAAACUCCAUGUUUCUUCUUCUUCUUCUUCUUCUUCUUCUAAUGGCUGUGAUGCAAAGAUCGAUGCUGAGAUUACAAGCUCCCGUUCAUCAAUAAAGAGGCCAAAAACAAUUCCCAAUGAAGUGGUCAGCCAUUCUUCAAGUGGGAAAAUAAUAACACCAACUUACAAGGAUGAAGAAAAUCAGAUUAGUAAUUCGGUUCCUCUUUCAACCAGCAGCAUCUCAGAGUAUUUGAUGGAAACAUUGCCGGGUUGGCGCGUUGAAGACUUUCUUGAACCGUCAAUUGCUACCAAUGGUUUCUGUAAGACCUAUGAUCAAUCUCUCCCAUUUGUGGAUCAAGAUCUUGAAAGAAACAUGAGUUCUGUUUCAGCAAAAGAUUUGGCAAUCUGGGUUCCUCAAGUUUCACCUCAAUCCCCUCCAUUUCCUCUGUGUCUUCCCCAGACUGAUUUUCUGAAUGGAUUUAACGAAUUGGCAGAGGCAACUAAUGUGAAAAUAAGAACCCGGAAAUGGAGUGAUGACGGCUUUACAGUGCCACAAAUCAGCCCUCCAUCUCUCAAGAAAUCAAGACAUUUUGGGUAGAAUUUUGCAUUAGAAGUUUGUUUUUGUCAGUUCUUGUUCAAUCUGUUUGUGAUCUGUAUAUCGUCUCUUUUGUGUGUUUUUGUUAAAUGGUUUUGCUGUUCUUCA